UAAGAAGACUGGUAACUGUUCGAGGCCGAAUUGUUCGUUUGCUCAUGGUACUGCUGAGCUCCGUCGUCCUGGCGAGUCUUCUUUCCCUGAAAGAUAGCAAUUGACAGGGAUUAGUAUUGUUUUUACCCCGGAGUGGAAUCUUCUGGUCUUUCAGGAUGAAAUUGAUAUUGGUUUUCUUUUGGAGUGGAUUCUACUGGUUUUGUUAAAGCUGAAAUUUAUACUGGUUUUCUUAUUGCUCUUGGUAGCACAUUCUUUUUUGAAGAAAAUCUAUCAUGGGUUUUCCUGGGUACAUUAUUCAUCUACAACCAUGGUUUUCACUUCUCAGACUCCAAGAUUUGGUAGCAAGCAAUGCUUGUUGUUAGAAUUUUAUCAAUGCCUGCUGUUAUGACUUCUGGUAUUUUCAUGCUGCCGGUUAUGUGUGUGGAGCAUGUGGUAUUUCCAUGAUUGUUUUAUCUUCAAUGGUCUCCUAAAAGGUUUCUUGGAUCAAGCAAUAUGCAGAAUAUGGGGGUUUGAUUGUCAGAAGGAAUUGAACAUCACAUUUUGGUGUUUUGAUUGUGUAAUUAUAUGGAUCUUCAAGAUUGGUUCUUUUUCUCACGUCCAACAUUAUCUGAAGCAUUCUCAACCUAUUAAUUAUCAAUGAGAUACAGUGACCUCCUCUUAUUUAGUUUUCCAAUGUGGGUUUUCUCCAACUGCUGGUAAGAAGAGGACAUUAUUUUGUGGUCUCUUUGAACUGGCGAGUCAGCACCAUUACGUUUACUUGUAGUUUUCUGUGAUCUUAUCCAAGUGUUGUUGACUGGCAUGAUUCUGUUUUUUUUUUGAAAUGGAGUUCACAUCUGAACUAGUACUGCAAGUAUGCUUUACUGCAAAGUCUGUUUCGUCUACUGCAGGCAGACGUUACAAUAUGGAUUGUGACUUAAGAGAUAGACUUGGUAGACAGUUUUCUCCAGAACGGAGACCUUCUUUAGACAGAAGUGGAAGGAGGCUACAAAGAUUUAAUGGACAUGAGAAUGCUAGGCCAUUUGACAACCGAAGAGAAAAAGACUUCAGGGAGAACCAUAGAUUUGAUGAACGACGUGAUUAUGCUGGAGGUUUGAAAGUUGGGAAUAGGAUUGAAGACAGGGCAGAAGAUGGAAGAAACAAGUUUCAGGGUUACAAUAAUGUUCUGGAAGAGCAGUUAAAAGAUGUAGAGAUGGAUGUUAAGAUGCUCACUGAUGACAAACUACGAUUGGAGGCUUCCGUUGAAAGGAAGGCACAGGAAGUAGACAUUCUUACUUCUAGGAUGCAGGAGCUUGAGAACCAGUUAGAUAGAGAGAAAGAGGAAUGUAGGAGGAUCACUUCAAGCACAAAGAAAUUUGUGAAAGAAUAUAACCGCUUCUUGCGGGCACAAGAUGAUCUAAAGAGGUCAGAAGCCCGUCUUCAGAAAUUGGGAAACCAACUUAGCACGUAUCUUGCUGGAAGUGAAGGAAAUAAUAGAGAUGGAAAUGUGGAUAUUGUGAGCGAUGAAGAGAACAACGGUCGGAAUUUGAGUAUCGCUUGUGAUCCACAGAAUGAGUUGCAGAAUACGUCUUCAAUGUCUAGGAAAAAGCGUUAUGUGGAUCAAUAUACUACAAAAGAAACUGUUGAAGAUGGCUUCAUAGGAAGAGGUGAACAAGAGAGGAUGGAGAAGGAGAAGGAGAAGAAGAGACCUUCUCGUUGGAAUACGGUUUCUUCCAAAUCAUAUUCUGAAGAAGAAAGUGGUGCGUGGAACGAUGAAGACACAAUUAACAAGUCCUCAUCAAAGGAAGACAACUGGAAGAGGAGAAGGUAUUCUAUUGGCACCUCAUCUACUGAUAAGGUAAUAUCGUCGAUGAGCAUGGCAGCUCGGGUAUUUGAUGAUGUUGCAGAGUUUGAGGAAGAGAUUCCGGAAGCAGCCAAAAGCUCUCCUCUCAUAUCUCUUCCUCCACCCCCACCUCUCAGAGAUGCCCAUGUUCAGGGAGAAGAGGCGGAUGUAAACGUUGAUGUCAUGGAACAGGGGAAAGCCAAUGACCUUGAUGACUCCGACUGAUCAUAAGAACCGCUAAAAUUUGAACACUAGAAAAAAAGCCUGUUGUUUUUUUUUUUUUUUUUUUUGGUCACCAAAGCCUGUUGUUUUAAAGUAACCUUUUGGGGGUUUUAGGCGAGCUUUACAUUUUAUUCGGUGCAAUAUUAACAAUGGUUAGAAUCCGUAUAUGUUUUUUUGUUCAUCA